CGGGCCGGAGGGAAGAUGGCGGCGGAGAGGGAGCCCCCGCCGCUGGGGGAGGCGCGGCCGGGCGAGCCGGAGGAGCUGGAGGACGGCGAGGACCUCUUCACCAGCACCGUGUCCACGCUCGAGUCAAGCCCUUCCUCUCCAGAGCCAGCAAGUCUUCCUGCAGAAGAUCUCAGCACAAACUCUAAUGGUCCAAAGCCAGCUGAAAUGAUGUUAGAUGAUGAUAGAGAAGACCUCUUUGCUGAAGCCACAGAAGAAGUAUCACUGGACAGCCCAGAGAGGGAUCCAAUACUCUCUCCAGAACCGACGCCUGCAAUCACUCCUGUAACACCUACUGCAUUAAUAGCUCCAAGACUGGAAUCGAAAAGCAUAGCGGCACCUGUGAUUUUUGAUAGAUCCAGAGAAGAGAUUGAAGAGGAAGCAAAUGGAGAUUUGUUUGAUAUAGAAAUCAAUGUAUCGGACCCAGAGAAAGUUGGGGAUGGCAUGAAUGCUUAUAUGGCAUACAGAGUAACAACAAAGACAUCUCUUUCCAUGUUUCACAAAAACGAAUUCUCUGUCAAAAGAAGAUUCAGUGAUUUUCUUGGUUUGCACAGCAAAUUAGCAACAAAGUAUAUGCAUGUGGGUUACAUUGUGCCUCCUGCUCCAGAAAAAAGUAUUGUAGGCAUGACCAAGGUUAAAGUAGGCAAGGAGGAUUCUUCAUCUACUGAAUUUGUAGAAAAAAGAAGAGCAGCACUAGAAAGGUAUCUACAACGAACAGUAAAACACCCCACCUUGUUACAGGAUCCAGAUUUAAGGCAGUUCUUGGAAAGUUCUGAGCUGCCCAGAGCAGUUAACACUCAGGCUCUGAGUGGAGCAGGAAUAUUGAGGAUGGUGAACAAGGCUGCCGACGCUGUCAACAAAAUGACAAUCAAGAUGAAUGAAUCGGAUGCAUGGUUUGAAGAAAAACAGCAGCAAUUUGAGAAUUUGGAUCAACAGCUUAGGAAACUUCACACCAGUGUCGAAGCACUAGUGUGCCACAGAAAAGAGCUUUCAGUCAACACAGCUGCCUUUGCUAAAAGUGCUGCCAUGCUAGGCAACUCUGAGGACCACACUGCUCUGUCUAGAGCUCUAUCUCAGCUUGCAGAAGUUGAGGAGAAGAUAGAUCAGCUGCAUCAAGAACAAGCUUUUGCUGAUUUCUAUGUGUUCUCAGAACUGCUUGGUGACUACAUUCGUCUCAUUGCUGCAGUCAAAGGUGUGUUUGAUCAUCGAAUGAAAUGCUGGCAGAAAUGGCAAGAUGCUCAGGUCACCUUACAAAAAAAACGUGAAGCUGAAGCAAAGCUCCAGCUUGCCAACAAACCUGAUAAACURCAGCAAGCUAAAGAUGAAAUUAAAGAGGAAAUUGAAGAGUGGGAGACAAAGGUUCAACAAGGSGAAAAAGAUUUUGAACAGAUCUCCAAAACCAUUCGCAAAGAAGUGGGAAGAUUUGAGAAGGAACGAGUGAAAGACUUUAAAACCGUUAUUAUCAAGUACUUAGAAUCUUUAGUGCAAACACAGCAACAGCUAAUAAAAUACUGGGAGGCAUUCCUACCUGAAGCCAAAGCCAUCGCAUAAAAGAAGAAUAUUCCAGUUAACAAGAUACUCUGGAUGUUUGUCCUGGAUAAAAAACUAAAUUCCACAGUAAAAUCACUUUAAAAUCAUCCAAAAUACACUCUAUAUUUUAUGAAUUAACAUGUGGCUCUUUUAUAUACUACAGCAUUUUAUUAACAGGCUGCAUGUCCUGACCCUCUCUAAAGUGGACUGUGGCAUGACGUUCUGCAGUACAUUGCUGAAUUGAACACUAUUGUGUCUUAAUACUUGCACUAAAAUGUGCACUGYAAGGCCAGAAAACAGAUAUUUUUGUUCUUUACAAUACAAUGUUCUGUAGUAUGUUUACCUGGUCUUUAUGAAACAAAUUUAAUUGCAUUGAUUAAUGUU